UUUAUAUCUCAUUGAGCUGAAAUGGCCACUUACUCUGCUGAAAACUUCAAUACUAAACACUAUGACCUGGCAAGACCAAGUUACCCUGAUCAGUUUUAUCAAACUUUAAUCGACUACCAUCUUGCCAAACGGGGAAACCGUUUGGAAUUGGCCCUAGAUAUUGGUACUGGGUCCGGUUUCGUUGCUCUCAAGCUUAUCAACUUCUUUCAAAAAGUUAUUGGAACUGAUCUUUCUCCAACCAUGAUCAAAUCAUGUAGUGAAAACCCAAUCUCUAUGGAGAAUCGUGAUAAAAUUAGUUUCCACGUUUCAAAAGCAGAAAAGUCCCCUGACUUCGUUAAAGAAAACUCAAUCGAUAUGAUUACUGGUGCUGAAUGCUGUCAUUGGCUUGACCAUUCAGCUUGGUUCAAAGAAUGCCACAGAAUCUUAAAACCCGGUGGCACUUUAUCCUACUGGUUUUAUCUAGACCCUGUCUUCAUUGGUAACGAUUUCGCAAACGACUUAUUCACUCGUUACGCCUACGGUUCUUCUUUUGACUAUGGGGUUCUGAAGAAAGGCGAUAUCGAAAGGUACAUGGGUCCUUACUACGAACAACCCGGCCAUGAAUUUUUAAGAACUGCUUUGAAAACCGUUGAAAUCCCUCCUGGUUUAUUUGAAGAUCAAGUGGUACGUCAUUACGAUCCAAAAGUUCACGGGGUUGAUCCCAACUUCACCACUUUGUUCAUCGAAAAGCACAUCACCUUAAGCGAAUGGAAAAAUUACGUGAAAAGUUGGAGUGCUUAUCAUGCUUGGAUGAAAGAUCAUGGCCAGUCUCAUAAAGAUAUUGCCGAGGUAUACGUUGAUGAAUUGAAACAAAACUUGAAUUGGAACGAUGAAACCGUAAUCCACAUUGUCUUCCCCACAAUAUACUACUUUGCCAGAAAGAUAUAACUCUAUUUAAAUAUAUAUUCUUUUCUCA